AUGGCUGAACAUAACACCCGCUCCAAAACCAUCGACGACGCUAUCCUCCGCCUCACACAGAACCAGGCCCAACUCACGGCACAACAAACCGAGCUCAACACCAAGAUUGAUUCCAUCCUCUCCCAUCUCUCACAGCUCGAUUUUUCCGCAACUUUGCCGCCACCAUCCCCCGUAAAUCACACUCUCCCUUCCUUCAAACCCCAUAUGAAACUAGAUGUUCCUAGAUUCGAUGGUUGUGACGCGACUGGUUGGAUCUUCAAGAUCAAUCAAUUUUUUGAAUACCAUUCCACCCCAGAAGAGGAUCGCCUCAAGGUUGCUUCCUUCUACAUGGAGGGUACUGCCCUAAGCUGGUUCCAAUGGAUGCACCAGAAUGGGUUGAUUCAGUCUUGGCCCGCGUUCCUCCAAGCUCUCGAAACCCGCUUCGCUCCUUCCUUUUAUGAGGAUCCUCGUGGUCUCCUCUUCAAACUUUCUCAGCGUGGCACCGUCAAUGACUACCUCACGGAAUUUGAAAGGUUAGCAAGUCGUGUUGUGGGUCUUCCACCUUCUUUUCUUCUUAGUUGCUUUAUAUCGGGCCUCUCCCCUGAGAUUAAGCGAGAGGUUUUAGCCCUGCAACCACUCACAUUCACCCAAGCCGCUGCCCUGGCUAAAUUACAAGAGGAUAAAUUUUUGGAUCUGCGAAAGGGAUCCCGUAAUCGUCCCUUCUUGUCCACUCCACACCUCCCCGGUACCUCAUCAACUGCGCCAUCUUCAAACCAACCCCUACCACCACUCCUCACCCCACCCCCCAAAACCAAUUUUAAGAAGCUUACUCAUGAAGAAAUGUUAUCUCGUCGCGAGAAGGGUUUAUGUUACAAUUGCGACGAGAAAUUCCACCCUGGUCACAAGUGUAAAGCACGUUUUUUCCUCUUGGUGGCUGAGACACCUGAUGAUGACAUCUCUUCCUUCUCGGAUCCCCUUUCCCACACCGAUUUGGAUUCAUCUCAAUUAGAAUCCAAUUGCACAGAGCUCUCUUCAGCCCAAAUUAGCUUUAAUGCUCUCUCUGGAUUACCUGCUCCAGAGGCCCUUCGUUUGAUGGGUCUUAUUUCGAAGCAACAAGUUACUAUUCUGGUGGAUGGUGGUAGCACACAUAAUUUCAUUCAGGAUCGUGUAGCCAAAUUUUUAAACUUACCUUCCCAACCCACCCCCACAUUGAAGGUAAUGGUUGGUAAUGGGAGUGUCCUUGAAUGUCACCAUGUUUGCCCAGCUAUUCUAGUGACGAUUCAAGGCCAACAUUUCACUGUUGACUUCCAUGUGCUUCCGAUUAGUGGGGCAGAGGUUAUUUUGGGGAUCCAAUGGUUAAAGCUUUUGGGCCCAAUUAUCACAGAUUACUCCAAAAUGACAAUAAGUUUUAUGCAAGAGGGCCGCAGGGUUGAACUUACAGCAGAUAUUCCUUCUGGGCCCCAAGACAUUUCAGCCCAUCAAUUGAAACGGAUUGUUCAAACUCAUUCGGGUGCAGCCUAUUUCCACAUCCAGAUAUUUCCUCAUUCCCCUUUUGCCGACACACCGACAGUAGCUUCCCCUUCACACCCCGAUCCUCUUAUCUCCUCCCUCCUCAAUCACUAUAAAGCCUUAUUUCUUCCCCCGACUUCUUUGCCUCCUCCCCGCAACACAGACCACCAUAUUCACCUUAUGCAAAAUUCUUCCCCAGUCAAUGUUCGCCCGUAUCGUUACCCACACUUCCAGAAAUGUGAAAUUGAAAGACAAAUUGAUGAGAUGCUCCAAACGGGGUUGAUACAGCCAAGUCACAGUCCUUUCUCUUCACCAGUUCUCUUGGUCAAAAAGAAAGACGGUAGUUGGAGAUUCUGUGUGGAUUUUCGUGCUCUCAAUUUGAUUUUUGUGAAGGACAGAUUUCCCUUGCCCACUAUCGAUGAACUUUUGGAUGAACUAGGAGGAGCCAAGUGGUUUUCCAAGUUGGAUCUGCGUCAAGGAUUCCAUCAAAUACGUAUGCAUGAGGCCGAUAUCCAUAAAACAGCAUUUCGCACCCAUAUGGGUCAUUACGAAUAUAAGGUCAUGCCAUUCGGCCUUUGUAACGCCCCUUCCACUUUCCAGGCUACUAUGAACGAUCUGUUGAAACCUUUUCUGCGCAAAUUUGUUAUUGUUUUCUUCGAUGAUAUUCUUGUUUAUAGCAAGACUUUCGAAGCUCACUUGCAUCACUUGGAGUGUACCUUUAAGGCAUUGAUUGAGGGCCAUUUCUUCCUUAAGGAAUCUAAGUGCGUAUUCGCUCAACAACAACUUGAAUAUUUGGGUCAUAUUGUUUCUGCUAUUGGAGUUGCAGCUGAUCCUUCAAAGAUACAGGCCAUGGUAGAAUGGCCAACUCCUUGUUCUAUCAAAUCUUUGCGGGGAUUUUUGGGGUUGACAGGUUUUUACAGACGUUUCAUCAAGGGGUAUGCUUUAAUCGCUUCCCCUCUUAUAGCAUUACUGAAGAAGGAACACUUUGUGUGGUGUCCUGUUGCUCAAUCUGCAUUCGAACAUCUCAAGAAGGCCAUGACCGAAGCUCCUGUUUUGGCCCUUCCUGAUUUUACUCUUCCUUUUCAGCUUGAAACUGAUGCCUCUGGAUCUGCCAUGGGUGCUGUUUUGAUGCAACAAGAUCACCCUAUUGCAUUUUUCAGUAAGCCUUUUUGUCCUAAGCUACUACGCUCCUCUACUUAUGUCCGUGAGCUCCAUGCAAUCACAUCUGCGGUGAAGAAGUGGCGUCAGUACCUACUAGGCCACCGUUUCAUUAUUCUUACGGAUCAUCGUAGCUUGAAAGAACUAAUGUCACAAGUGAUUCAGACCCCUGAGCAGCAAGUUUACCUUUCCAAAUUGUUGGGUUACGACUACGCUAUACAAUACAAAGCUGGAAACACAAUGUGGUUGCAGAUGCCCUUUCCCGUACUAAUGAAUCCACACCCGUGUCCCACCUGCCAACAAACCAAGUAUGAGACACAAAAACCAGCAGGGUUGCUGCAGCCGCUUCCCACUCCCCAUGAUUCCUGGGAAGAUCUUUCCCUCGAUUUUAUUACUGGAUUACCUCCUUCCGUGGGUCACACUGUGAUAUUGGUUGUUGUUGAUCGUUUUUCAAAGGGGGCACAUUUUGGUACCCUUCCUAAUCACUUUACUGCAUUUCGGGUUGCCCAACUCUUUAUGGAUAUGGUUUGCAAGCACCACGGUAUUCCUCGCAGCCUUGUUUCAGACUGUGACCCUAUCUUAUCAGCAAGUUCUGGCACGAGUUGUUUCGUUUAUGUGGGACCAAGCUACGGAUGA